CACUGUCGUGCAAUAUAAUCAGUUAAAAGAACAGGAGUCUAACAGUCGUUUGCAGAAAUUGUCCCUGAAAACAAGCAACAGUAAUUCUAAAGUGAUUGUCAUUAGUCCAAGUGAAAACUCCGCAGUCCGUACGUACUACUGAACUAAUAAAGCGUAAUAUCGAACUGGCAACAAUUAGGAAAACGUAACAACGUUCCUCUUCGACCGUGCAAUCAAUCAAACUAACAGUGAUGGAGCUUUCUACUUUGCUUCUGGGUAUUUUCGCAAUAUGCAUUUGUAUGUAUUAUUUUAUUCUGAGUCAAAUGUCUUAUUUUGACCAACGCAAAGUUCCAUAUCAACGACCAGUACCAUUACUGGGCAACAUGGCGCCCUACAUUUUUCGACGUAUAAGUUUCGUCGACAAUAUACACAGACUGUACAAUCACUUCUCGAAUGCGAGAUACUUCGGAUUCUAUGACUUGAUGACACCAGUAUACGUGAUACGUGAUCCAGAACUCAUUAACACUAUUGCCAUUAAAAAUUUCGACAAUUUCACGGAUCAUCGCAACUUUGUAAACGACGAUGUGGAAUCAAUUGCCAGAAGGAACCUAUUUGGUUUACGGGGUGAUCACUGGCGCGAAAUGCGAAAGCUUCUCAGUCCUAGCUUUACAUCCAGCAAGAUGAAAAUGAUGUUCGGUCUAAUGUGUCAAUGCGCCGAGAACUUCACCGAUUUUGUAAUAACUGAAUCUGGGAAAUCUAGCAAGACAUAUGACAUGAAGGAUACACUCAGGAGAUACGCUACUGAUGUAGUAGCCACAUGUGCUUUCGGCAUCAGCGUGGAUUCUUUCAACCAACCAAAGAACGAGUUCUUCUUAGUUGGCAAAAAAACUAUAAACUUUGAUUUUAAAAUGACAUUAAAAUUUCUCAUGUGCAGAAAUUGGCCGCGACUUGCAAAACUUCUCAAAAUAAGAGUGUUUAGCGCUGAGAUAGAGAAUUUCUUCAAAAACAUUGUCACUGAUACUGUGAAAGCCAGGGAUGAGCACGGAAUUGUCCGACGAGAUAUGAUGCAGUUGAUGAUGGAGACAAGGGACAAGAAUUACGGGCCUAUAUUUGACAUUGAUGAAAUGACUGCUCAAGCGUUUGUCUUCUUUGUUGCUGGAUUCGAUUCCGUAUCGACAGUUAUGUGUUUCUUAGCACAUGAGAUCGCAGUAAAUCCUGAUGUUCAGACCAAACUUAGAGCCGAAAUUGAAGAUGUCCUCAAACAAAACAAUGGUAAACCUACUUACGAGUCCAUUAAUAGCAUGAAGUAUUUGGAUGCUGUUGUGACUGAAACCAUGAGAUUAUAUCCAUUGGCAUCAUUUCUCGAUAGAGUGUGUACUGAGGAUUUCGAAAUGCCACCUGCUACUCCGGAUGGCAAACCCGUCACGAUUAAGCCUGGAGAGAAUGUUUGGUUCCAGAGUUAUUCUCUGCAUCGCGAUCCCAAAUAUUACUCGGAGCCUCUCAAAUUUAAUCCAGACAGAUUCCUGAACGAGAGUGUGGACAACUCAAUCUACAUGCCAUUCGGUAUUGGGCCUAGAAUUUGCAUAGGCAACAGAUUUGCAUUGAUGGAAGCGAAAAUUAUGAUGUUCUACCUGCUAUGGCGUUGUGAUCUCGAACCAGAUGUUAAAACAAAACUCCCGAUGGUGCUGGACAAGUCGGCGUUUAUAACAACGGCGGAGGGUGGCUUCUGGUUAAAAUUGCGGGCGAGAAAUCCGACUAUUUCUAUUAUAUCAUGCUCAUCAAAUGGACACAACUCACAUACAAAAGACACAUAAAAUAGUAUAUAUAUUUUACAAAUUUCUAUAGCACCAAAAACUGUUUUUUCUUAUAGGCAUAUAUACAUAUACAUUUGUACAUAUGCAUAAUUAAAUAUUAAAUAGGAAUAAUUUAAUAUUAAUAUAUGAAAUAAUGAAAUAUAUGUGAAAACAGUGCGACAUAUCCAAACGUGCGAAAUUUUAGUUGUAUCGUUGAUAAAUUUUAUUUUUAAAAACUUGCUCUUUAAAAAUUGUUGUAGUUUUGAUAUUGUUGUUUUAAAAUGUUUGUCUUGCAAUUAGAAUAUUCCAUAAAAUCUGCCCAUUAAAUUACCGGUGAUUUUGAGUCACUGUCUAUCUCUAUUUAUGUAAUAGUGUUGCACUCAUUCGGAGAGUGCUUCCUGUGAAACAUCCUAUCCCGAGCUGCUCCUAUCUCGGGUUACUAGAUACGCCUCACUGCUCCUUCAUGGCUUCUUGGACCCAUCUGGCGUCCUCCAGGAGAUGACCAUCCCCCCAAGACGCCAGAUAGGCCCAUCGUUCCACAGGAAGCAUUCUCCGAUCGGAUGCAAUACUAUUUCUAGAUACUAUAUACGUGUAGUAUUUAGUAUACAUGGGUGAUAUAAAUUGAUUAAUGAAUCUUUCUAAAUAUUUUAUUUUAAAUGAUUAUUUUCUACAUGUUUGAAAAAUAAGAUAGACGAGAAAUAUAUUAAUAUUUUGUUAAACCUAUUUUGUUGUUAUAUUUAAUGUAUCUGAAUGUUUAUGUAACAGAUUAAAAAUGUAGUAUUAUAAAUGUCCUUUUCACCCAUAAAAUUAUUAUUAUAAGUAUUUAUAGCGUUAUAAGUACCGCUCUUUGUAUUGUGGGAAAAAUAUUAUUCUAUAAUAUAAUA